AUGAUACCCCGAUCGGCAUUCACGAGACAAUUACCUCGAGCCGUUUCUAGCCGUUCAUCACUCGUCGCAUUUUCUUCCACUGCAUCGGUACAGAAUGCUUCCUCACCCGAUUCGCAGGACGCACCCGCACGCCCUCACACAAUCGACCCACGAUGGCUUACUAUGAUGAAGAGACGAAUUGGAAAGUGCAUGAUGUUUGGUCUCAGAUCAAACCAAGUUGAAGAGGGUGGCAAGGUUCUCCAGCAGUUAGCGAAGGACUGGCGGGGACUUAUUGCAGGGAGCGAGGGCUUUUUGAUUGAUGAGAGGCGGCGGGGCUUGUAUCAGCAUAAUGUGGUUUGGGGCGAACAGGGUACGACUCCCAGAAUCGACAUUCGAUCAGAUAAGCCGGUCCAGAACUGGAAUCUAUAA